CUUUUACUUAGUCAAUAAGCUUGCGACUGCAUGACAUCAGUACCCUGACGACACUACCUAGUUCCAAUUUGUGGGAGAGAAGAUCAACCGCUAAGUUGAUCUGCAUACAGGAUUUGUAAAAUCAACUUUUGAAGGAAAGUAUUCUCUGGUCGAGAAGCGCGGAGGGUAGUCUUCAGCCAUUUUUAGAUUUCUGGAAACUAACAGGAGAACUGACAAAGCCUUCUCUGAUUCUCUUCUUAGCUUUUCGGCUCAAAACAUUCAUGGUUCUGGACACGGUCCUGGACUGCAUCUCACAAACUCCUGAAAAAUGUGGCACACGGCUGCACACUCCGAGAUCGGGCUGUAAAGACUGCGUUGGCAUCCAGAAAGUCCAAUGAGGCACUUAACUUCUCAUAAAUGGGUAGUUCACCAGCCUCCCACAUCGAACUGUAGUCAUGCAACACGGAAGACCAAUCCUUUCCUUAAUAAUCACAAGCACUGCACGUCCGCUGUGUCCCACAAAUAAAUCACAUACCUUAGACCAUGCUCCGUUCGACAGCAGAACACGUCCAAGUCUCGCGAUCUCUCAAGUCCAGCUGCAGUACUCGUCCAAUGCUAGUAAUCGUCCAACACGAACUGAAUCAGGAUUUGCCAUGGCAGGAGGAGGGUGGGCCCUUGAACUGGCGACCCACUCGUGUGAUAUUUCCAUUUGACAUGCUCAGCCAUAGACAUCUUGGACGUGGACGCAGCAGAAAAUACUUGGACUGUCACCUACACUUGGCCACUUGAUGAUGAGUAUGAAGUACUCUCUAAUGAGCUCUUCCAG